UAUUUUGCAUAUACUUGGUUGACGUUUAGGUGAAAGUUUUUGAAGUUUGAAAAAUGUUCACUUAUAAGUUGUAAUUUAUCUAUUCUGGAUAUAUUUAAGAGCGAGAUUAUGCUAUCGUAUAUCUAAAUCUAUCAUAACGGAUCAAAAUCAUGCCGUGGAUUAGAAGCUCUAUCAAAGAGAGGCUUCCGCGAAACGCAAUUGUGGGAGGUCGAACUAAAUUGGGCAACACCAUCUAUGUAGGACGUGCCGUCCAUAACAACACCGAAAUAUAUCCUUGCAGUGUGAUACCGGCACAGAAGGCCGCGUAUAUUGCCACGGCUGGUGAAUCGGUCUUCAAAGAAGAAUACGAAGUACUUUGCGGCGAUGUAUAUUUUUGGGAUCGAGGGCAUGAUGGUGAAGUGCCUUCUGGUUCACUUAUCGGUGGACAGAAUGCAUCGAAUGAACAACUUUUUAUUGGCCGCGCCAGUUAUAAUGGGGGAUUAUAUGUCGGUACAAUUGAUCCAUCAAGGGGGCAACUGUUUAUACCAUAUGAGGGAGGUGUCAUGAAGUUUCCAGUCUACGAUGUUAUGUGUGUCGCGAAAUGUCAUGGAUGUAAUUGUUUUGAGUGUGUAAUUUCGUGAUAUUCAUGGUUUCAAAAUGCAGUGGUGGAAUUUAAGAUGCUAUAAAGCGGUCACUUCUUAUCUUU